CGUCAGUCUGGUCCACGCGGUGAGACCUGGUGGGUCAGCGAAAAGUUGCGGGAGAGUAUCGCUCUUCAUUUUUUGUGACGUUGUGCAACAAGUGAAAAUUUUCAAAAUUGCGUUAAUAACUCAACAAGACGAUACCAAGAUGGCGGACUAUUUGAUCUGCGGAGGGACAAGCUACGUGCCAGAAGACGGGAAUACCGGUGCUCAACUCUUCUCCACGGGGGAAGGUCUCACUUACCAUGACUUCAUCAUUCUCCCUGGCUUCAUUGAUUUCACAGCUGAGGAAGUGGACUUGACCUCUGCUCUCACAAAAAAGAUCAGUUUGAAAGCUCCUCUAGUAUCUUCCCCAAUGGACACUGUAACAGAAUCUGAGAUGGCUAUUGCAAUGGCACUUUGUGGUGGCAUUGGCAUCAUUCACCACAACUGUUCACCAGAGACACAGGCACAGGAGGUCAUGAAAGUCAAGAAGUACAAGCACGGCUUCAUUCGUGACCCUGUAUGCCUCACUCCACAACACAGAGUCUCUGAUGUUUUUGAUGUAAAGAAAAGUCAUGGCUUUGGUGGAAUUCCAAUCACAGAAGACGGAAAGAUGGGCACACGACUCCUUGGUAUUGUUACAUCACGGGAUAUUGAUUUUUUGGAGCCUAACUCGGACAAGCUGCUCUCAGAGAUCAUGACUCCUUUUGAUGACCUGGUAACAGCUCCAGCAGGUGUCAGUCUUGAUAAGGCUAACGAGAUAUUACAGAGAUCUAAAAAAGGUAAAUUACCAAUUACAAAUGAACAUGGUGAACUUGUCGCUUUGAUAGCACGUACUGAUCUCAAGAAAUCUCGCAACUUCCCAAAUGCUUCAUAUGAUGCUAACAAUCAGCUGUUGGUGGGAGCAGCCAUUGGAACACGAGAAACGGACAAGCAUCGCCUUGAACUCCUUGUCAAUGCUGGUGUUGAUGUGGUGGUUUUGGAUUCUUCACAAGGAAACUCAAUAUACCAAAUCAACCUAAUCCGCUAUAUCAAAAAUACUUAUCCAGAGCUCCAGAUUGUCGGUGGCAAUGUUGUAACAGCAGCACAGGCAAAGAAUUUGAUAGAUGCAGGUGUGGAUGGCUUACGAGUAGGCAUGGGAUCAGGUUCCAUCUGCAUCACACAAGAAGUCAUGGCUGUUGGUCGUCCUCAGGCUACAGCUGUAUACAAAGUGGCUGAGUAUGCUCGGCGAUUUGGUGUACCUGUGAUGGCUGAUGGUGGUAUUGCCUCUGUAGGUCAUAUCAUCAAAGCACUUGCAUUGGGUGCAUCCACAGUAAUGAUGGGUUCUAUGCUGGCUGGAACUUCAGAAGCACCAGGAGAAUAUUUCUUUAGCAAUGGUGUGAGGCUCAAGAAGUACCGUGGUAUGGGCUCUCUAGAGGCCAUGGACCGUAAAGAUACCCAGGGCGCAGCUGCUGAUAGAUAUUUCCAUGGAGAGGGAGACCGCAUCAAGGUUGCACAGGGAGUCAGUGGUUCCAUUGUGGAUAAGGGGUCCAUCCUAAGAUUUCUGCCAUAUUUGGUGUGUGGUAUUCAGCAUGGCUGUCAAGACAUCGGUGCCAAGUCAUGCUCAAUGCUCAGGGCCAUGCUGUAUAGUGGUGAGCUGAAAUUAGAGAGGCGCACUGUCUCUGCACAGAAAGAAGGUGCAGUGCAUAGUCUCCAUUCGUACGAGAAGCGGCUUUACUAAUCACCAAUCAACGUGCCAAAAAUCUGUUGUCAGGGACUGAGUGUAGCAGGAGGUUGAAUGUUUAAGGAAAAAAGUUUUUUUCUUUCACUUUUUUUUAUGAAUCUUAACUACAUUAUUGAUUUUGUCUUCUGCAUAUAGGAGCUUGAUCUGUGAUGUGAUCAUGUUUCAGUGAUAUGAUAUUUAACUAAAUCUUUCUUUGUGGUACAGUGUACAAUUUUAGUAGUAUGAGUGAAUGAAUACAGUUGUAUUUGCAAAUGUUGAAUGAAAUCAGCACAAUACCUAUUGUACAAUAAAAGCAGUUGGACAUGACAUUUUACGAGCACAAGGACAGAUGCAGUUUGUGAAAUAUGAUAUGUGAAAGUGUUUUCUGUUAUAGAAGUUGAAGAAGCUUGCAAUAUGGAAAUCUACAUUUUCUUCCAAAAACAUAUACUUUGAUUUAUUACAGAUAUAUAUUUUAAUUGUCUGAACAAAGUUGAAAGAAAGCAAACUAGUAGAUUUAAAGUCUAGGGUAUAGCUGAUAUAGUUGUAGGAUGUUGAGUUUGUAUUUGAAAAAGGCAGUACGCAUCAAAAAAAAAAAUGAUUUGUCAGUUCAUCCUUAAGUGUUGUAUGAAUGUGGGAGCAUUUGUGUAAACUGAUGUUUAUGCUUACAUUUCUGAUGUGGGAGUAUCCUUUUGAGGCAGUUUGCUGUGUGUAUUAUAAACGAUCAUGGGUAAUGCUUAUGAACUGUCCCAUUAAGUAUGAAACCAUAAUGUGAAUAUAAUUGUGAACCUCAAAUUAUGAUCUUGAGAAAAUUUUAAUCCGUAUUUUUAGGCAUUUCUUAAGAUCAGCCUGUAUAUGGUACUUGCCAUUGUUUUGUCUUUUCCUUUUAAUCCAAAUCUUGAUUGACUUCCCAAGUUACUUAGUCUUGUUAACUUGAGUGGGAUGUUGCCCCAUGUAUUUGUUAAUGAGGCAUAGUCUCAAAUAGCAUCUUCAGAGAUUAACAUUUGCCUCUUCUUUUAAAGUUUAUUUUGAUUACUUGGACAAAAUAGCUGCUAUUCAUAGAUAAUGAGGCAGAGAUUGAGUGAUGUUAGAUCUGACAAAGCAUUUUAAAAACUGCUUUGCUAUACCAUACUUGCAAAGUACAAAACUGAAAGACAACUUCCAUAAUGUAGAAUGUUAAAGGUAGUGUAAUGUUUUCAAAUAUACAGUAAGAUAAAGAAUUUCAAGUCAAUCAAGUGUUGGAAAGUGACUGAAACUGUACUUAGAUCCUCAGUCAUAGAGUAUGGACUGUAACGUUUUUAAUGUAUUAUUUAAAAGUAUAUUUGCAAUAAUUAUCUGUGACUUGUUCAAAUUGCUGAGUAAUGCAUCUCUCGCCAUGUACUGUGCCAAAUAUUAUGUGAACAGUGUGCAUUGACUCUAUAUAUAUUGAUGAGCUGAUGAACUUUGAAUAUAUUUAUUGUUAUUAUUUUUUAGCAUGGUUGAUUAUAUUUUUUGAUAUAUUAGCCAAUGAUUUUACAAUCUUUCUCAGAUUUUUACAUAAAACGAGAUGUACAUUCUUAAAAGAAAAAAAUAUUGUUCAUUCUCCUUCAAAGUCUAUUAUAGGUUAUGAUUUUUUUUGUGAGCACAGGGGUCAUAUUUUGCUUGAGUUCAAAGAUCCCGUGAUGUAACAUGACAGCCUGAGGAUUAUUAUAUUAAAUGACUAGUGUUAUGUUAGUUCUGGAUGACCAAUAAUAUUUCAAUUGUAGUAUGUGAUAUUUUUCAUGUCUUUCAACAAUGAAUUUCAGAUAUCCCAUAACCUGUAGACUUUCCAAAGUUUUUCACUUUCAUGGUAAUUUGAUUGAUUUUAUAGCACUGUGUAUUUAGUAUUUUGUUCUUGAUAAUGGCAUAACAAGUAAGUAGUUGGUUUACAGUGAUUUACACCAUUGUCUCUGCUCUGUAUCUCUCUGUUUUUUAAUCCUUUUAUUGUUAAAUGCUAUUGAACAAAAAGUUUUGGAUGAAAUGUAAUAUGUAUAUUUUUCUUCUGUUUUGUGUGAUGCUCCGAUGUAUGUGCUGGGCUUUUCAGACCUAAUUUGAGAACAUGUAUGGUCUGAAAUAAUUGCUGAAUCCCAAGUGUGAAGGUGUGUGUGUCUACUUGAGUGUGUUGGGUAUAUAACUUCCCUAGAAGACGCUUGCAUUCAUUUAGAGGAGAUCGAUGCUAACCAACAGGUAUGAGCUUCAGAUGGUACUUUGAAACAAGAAAAAGAAGAAAAAAUACAUGUCAGGGUUGGGAUGUUUUAAUGAAUUAUUUUGGUCAUGUUUUUUUUGGUUUUCAAAUACAUGUUCAAACUUUUUACAUGAUGAUGUAUGUGCUUAGUGUAAUACAGACUUGAUAAGAUUUUUUUUUUUUUUUUUUUUUUUUUUUUGUAAAUGAAAGGGUUAAGAUUCUGUAACAAAAAAAAACAAAAAAACAAAAAAAAAAACAAAAAAACAAAAAAAAUUGAGUUCAAGUCCAGUUAUGAGCCUAUAGAAACCUGUAUCUUUUUAACUCUCUAUCAACCAUUUGUUUGCAGAUCCAUGAUGUAUGCAGGUGAACUGAAGUUUGAAAAACGCACAGUUUCAGCUCAGCGUGAGGGUAAUGUUCACAGUCUGUUUAACUAUGAGAAGAGGCUCUUCUAAGGUUACACCAUGCUUUGAGGGCAUUUCAUUCAAUUCACACAUUGAGCAAUGGUACAGAAGGUAAUGUAAACCUUGAUUCAUUGUCAGUUGCUUGUUCAAAUAUAAAUAUUGCAUCCCCAUGAUAGCUUCUUGCUUUGGAGUAUGUUUACACCACAAGUAAGGUACAAGCAUUCAUAUUUUCUGUAUAGAUUUUCUAGAAUAACAUUAAAGAAAUACUGGUGGUUAGUAUUGUGGUUUCUUGAGAAUUUCACUGCAGAAUGACCAGUUUUGAUAUUUUUAGUAAAGUGUUUAAGUGAUGUGGAACUAAAGUACCGGUGGCUUGUUAAACAUUUACAAGUAGAUUUAUUUUAGCAUUGGGAGAAUCAUUACACCAUAUCUUCAAGGUGUUCCAUCUGCCCUUUGUGAUGUGGGAUUUCUUGUAAAUUUGUCUGUAACAAAUGAUUUUGCUCAUUCCAGAACCUUUUAUAUGUUUUCAACUUUAUACUGUACUUUUUAUUUGAACUUUUUUACAUGCUAUAGUUGGUGCCAGUCACGAAUAGAAUUUGGUUUCCCGGGUUUUGGAAGGCAUUAUAGGGCGUCUGCUAGUGAUGCAUUAUAGGGAUUGUGUGAUCUGAUUGAUAACAUUUGGAAUUCGUUCUAGACUUGUGGUUUAUUUUGCAUUAAGUCAGUAUUAUUGACAAUUACUUGAUUCCUCAAAAUCAUAUGCUCCAAGUCCUUUGAAUAUAUUAUUUUUCUAAGUCAAUGGUGCAAACCAAAACAUCAGGAAUUUUUGUAUCCAGAAUCUGAUGCACAGACUAUGGCAGAAGAUAGCUUGUGGUGAGAGAUUCUUGGUCGCUGCUGUAUUGGACAGGGUGUGAAUUUCCCUCGUUUUUUUUUUUUUUUUUUUCGAGGCUUCUUCAAAAUAUAUUAGGCUAAAAUAUAAUAAUCUUCCCUGGUGCUCAUCCUCCUCUUAAGCCACUUGUUCUGGAUCAGAAGUUGGAUAACAAAGUAAUGACAGUGUGCCAUAAAAGUGUGAUAAAAAAAUAAUAGUCUCAAUUUUAUCUAUAACUCCUACAAGGGUCCAAACUACAGACAUAUUUUCUGAUAUUAAUGUCAAAUAUGAUGUCUUCAAUUCUUCCAUCUGUUGUAGUGGAUAAGAUUAGUGCUAGGAUGUUUGUUCCUUUGUAAACUUUGUCAACUGUGUUCAAUACAUAUGAAUAAACUACAAGGCAAUGUU